AUGGGCGCGGCCAUCACCAUCUUGGAGGCGGCGCAUUGGCCGCUCGCCCUGGAGCUGCUGAAGGCUGCGAAGCAGGCGAAGGCGCUGGAUAUCUAUGUGCUCAACUCCGCAAUGGCGGUGUGCAACAAUGCAGAUGCAUGGGAGCUCUCCAUAGCUCUCUUCCACUCCGUGGAUGAGCUCCAGCUGGUGCUGAACCGCGACUGCGUCAACAUCGCCAUCCACAGCUGCCGCCGCGCCGGGAACUGGCAAGGGGCGCUCCGGCUCUUGAAGGCCUUGUGGACCAACGGCGCGGCGGAUCUUGUAAGUUACAAUGCGGCCACCUGGGCCUGCGCUGACUCUGGAUGCUGGGAGACCAGCUUGGGGCUCCUGAGGGAGCUCUGGCUCGAAGGCCACGUGGCCUCCAUGUACACCUACACCGGGGCCAUUGUGGGCUGCUCCAGGGCAGCCCAGUGGCAACGAGCCCUUCUGGUUCUGGCGGAGACACGCACGCAGCUCUUGCCUCCCGACGUGCCGUCACAUGCCGCGGCAAUUCACGCCUGCAGCCAGGCGAGUCAGUGGAGAGAGGUGCUGCAGUUGCUGGCGGACAUGGCCGGGUACAAGACGUGGCCGGACUUGGUGACCUACAACUCCGGCCUCAGAGGCUGCGCCCGGGCUUCGGAAUGGCGCUGGUCUUUGCAGCUGCUCUCCGACAUGGAAGCAGACCACGUGCUUCCAGAUGCGGUAACCCGUCGCGCGAUGUUGGAUGCCUACAAGUCCUCUGGCAGGUGGGAAGAUGCGCUGCUGGCCUUGAAUCAGCUGGAGCGCUUCACAGGCGGAUUCGACAGCCUGGGCCGCGCCAGUGCCGUGGCCGCCAUGGGCCUUUGCAGGCAGUGGGAGCGGGCCAUGUGCUUGCUGCACGAGGUGGUGGAUGAGCCGUCCACGGAUGUUGUGGUCUGGAACUGCUGCAUCGGUGCCUGCGAGAGAGCGCGCUGCUGGCAGCAGGCCGUCAGCCUGCUGAACAGCGCUCUGCGCCGGAAGAUGGAGCCGGCGGUGGAAGGCUUCCGCGCGGUCUUGGGCGCGCUGGCGCGGGACAAUCUUGCGCCUUGGCAGCUGGCGGCGGGCGUCCUGGAGCGAGCGCGAUGGAGGGGCACAUCCUGCCCAGGCCUGGCUGCUCAGAGCUGCCGCCGUGCCGGACGCUGGAGGGAGGCGCUCAUGCUUGCUGGGGAUUGGCAGAGCGUCGGACCCCUGCGGGGCUUCGCCUGA